AUGACCAUGUCCGGCAUGAAGCGUAUCUCCUUGUUGCUACUCAAGCUACUACUCUCUCUUGGCCUUAGCGUGGCACCACCCUUCAUUGCCGGCGAUGAGCACCAGUUCAGCUACUCCGGCUUUUCCAACACUAGCCUCACCCUCGACGGCGCGGCCUCGGUCACGCCCAACGGGUUACUUAUGCUUACCAACGGCACGUCCCGGAGCAUGGGCCGCGCAUUCUAUCCUGACCCGCUGCGCUUCCGCAAUUCAUCCAACGAGGCUGUACAAUCCUUCUCCGUUUCGUUCAUCUUCGCCAUGGUCUCCAUCUACAAGGACUUGAGCAGCAAUGGAAUCGCCAUGUUCAUUGCGCCGAGCAAGAAUUUGUCCACGGCGAUGCGGAUGCAGUACUUGGGACUUCUCAGCAAUCAGAAUGAUGGCAAUCAGACAAACCACAUCUUCGCAAUCGAGCUAGACACCUUCCAGAACUGGGAGCUCCAAGACAUGAAUGACAACCAUGUUGGUAUUGACGUCAACAGUCUCCGCUCCAUACAAUCCCAUGAUGCCGGUUUCUACCAUGACAAGAAUGGCACCUUCCAGAGUUUGAGUCUCGAUAGCCAAGAGGUGAUGCAGGUGUGGGUGGACUACCAUGGAGAGAAGAUGCAGAUUGAUGCCACCAUGGCUCCUCUCGGCAUGGCCAAGCCUACAAGACCAAUAGUAUCAGCCAACUACAACCUCUCAAGCGUGCUCACAGAUGUGGCAUACAUCGGCUUCUCAUCUGCAGAAGGCAAGAUAACGAAGCACUAUGUGCUCGGUUGGAGUUUUGGCAUGAACAGUCCUGCUCCAGCUAUCAAUCUCACCAUGCUGCCAAAACUACCUCUUGAUCCUCAUACCAAGGAUCGACGUCGUCUACCAGUAUUGCAGAUCAUUCUACCACUUGCAACAGCAGCACUCAUCCUGUCUGUGGCUGCCGUUAUUUCCCUGCUUGUGCGGAGGCAUUUCAGGUAUGCAGAAGUACGUGACGACUGGGAGGUCGAAUUCGGCCCACACCGCUUCUCGUACAAGGAUUUGUUCCGUGCAACAGAAGGAUUUGACAACAAAAACCUCCUAGGGGCCGGAGGAUUUGGAAGAGUAUACAGAGGAGAGCUGCCAAGCUCCAAACUAAGGAUAGCUGUGAAGAGGGUGUUGCACGACUCCAGGCAAGGCAUGAAGGAAUUCAUUGCAGAAAUUGUCAGCAUUGGCCGCCUUCAGAAUCCAAAUCUUGUGCACUUGCUUGGCUAUUGCAGACGUCAAGGUGAGCUCCUGUUAGUGUAUGAGUACAUGCCCAAAGGAAGCCUCGAUAAGUACUUGUAUGGUGAAGUGGACAACUCCACAUUAAGUUGGGACCAAAGGAUUUGGAUCAUUAGGGGCAUCGCAUCUGCACUGAUUUAUCUCCACGAGGAGUGGGAGAAGGUAGUUGUCCACCGAGACAUCAAGGCAAGCAAUGUGCUCCUCGAUGAUGAGUUGAAUGCACGGUUGGGUGAUUUCGGUCUAGCAAGGUUGUAUGAUCAUGGCGUUGAGCAAGGAACUACUCGUGUUGCUGGCACCAUUGGAUACAUUGCUCCGGAGCUAGCACGCACGGGCAAGGGUACUCCUCUUACCGACGUAUUUGCCUUUGGUGUAUUUAUUCUGGAGGUCACUUGUGGACAAAGACCUAUCAUGCAGAGCACACAAGAUGAGCUGGUCAUGUUGGUUGAUUGGGCGCUUGAGCAUGUGCAACAAGGGUCACUAGAUGAUGCAAUAGAUAUAAGACUUAAAGGGCAGUACAAUGUCAGCGAGGCACAUCUGGCACUGAAGCUAGGACUACUGUGCUCACACCCAUUUGCAUGUGCAAGGCCUAGCAUGCGGCAAGUGAUCCAAUACCUAGAUGGGCAUAUUGAACCACCAGAGCUACCAGCACACCAGAGCUUCCAAGCACUGGCCUUGAUGCAAAAUGAAGGAUUCGAUUCAUACAUCAGGUCAUAUCCUUCAUCAAAGAGUGUUGGCACAAUGUCAAGCAUUUCAGGAGGAAGAUGA